AGGUUACCAGUAUUAAAGUAAUUAGUGCCCGUAUUAUGUAAAUUACUAUAGCUAAUACCCUAGUAAUCACGCACAAUCGUGUACCUUAUUAAUAGUUUGUACUAGUCCGACGUCAACGUACGUUAUUGUGGCCUUAGGUCUGACGCAAAAAUACUGCAUAAAUAUUAAAGCCUUCCGACAUUCACAGUGGCGUUGUGUAACGGUUAAAGUGUUACAAAAUUUGUUUUAUUACCAAGAGCUUGUGAGCUGUAGUCCAGCCGGUGAUAUGUAUGUGUUCGUGUGGCUCUAUAGCCUCAGAUUCUACAAAAAACAUAUUCCAGUUUUUACCUCAUAUCUUUUAGAGAAGUGCACUUAGCUCUGUGAAAUUUGUACCAGACCUCACGAGUACUACUAGUAGUGUAUAUACUCAAUAUUUUCCAGGCUAUAAACGCUAAUUGUUUUUAGAUAGGAAGCUAAAUUAUUCCAAAUUGAAGCAAAAAUUACCCACUAUUGCCAUGGGUUGUUUUUAGAGUUCGGGCCUAUAUUGCACCAGUUAAGUUUGUUGGCCCGCCUACUAAAUGCCUACGUGUUGUGAUUAAACGUAACAGUGGCAAUUAACAAGUGCUAGUAAUAUGUGUGGUGGGGUACCAUUAUGGAAAUAUGGUGAGCAACGACGUGAGUAACCGCAAAGUCGUCAGCAAUGAACAAACAGUGAACAAUGUUCCGCAUAUAAUUUCAUUACCAGAUUUGAACUGGUGACUUGCCUAAUAUAACAGACCUACACAGCCCACGUCGUGUAGACAUCUGACCCGACGCCUCAGUCACCAUUCAUUUACCAUUAAGAUCGUAGUUUAUCACACAUCGUUUUCCUUCAAUUACACAACACAUUAUUAAGUAAAGCCUUCAAUACGCUUCAAUAGUAGCGCCCUAUAUUAACUCACAGCGUUCUGCGCCCAAUAUUACCUUUAAUAAAUUACGACGCUACGUGACAGGUAAUAUAGCACUCGCCAAUCAGACUAUUAACCACCCACCAACCUGAGAUUUUACCACUCUAAAUCUCACCACUUACCACUCUAAUCCCACCACUUACCACUCUAAUCUCACCACUUACCACUCUAAUUUACCACCCAUAAUACCAUUCAGCACCCUCACACCACACAAUGUGUAUGCUGUGUAUGGUGCAGCAUCUCGCUGUGGGGAUAUAUAACGCGGGGGCGAGUCUCUGUGGGGUUAGGUCGGGGGAUUACUCUGUCCAGAAUGAGCCCUCUGAGGGGAGUAAAGUCCACCAGACGAGGGGACUUGCCCACGCCCCCAAGAGAAGGGACUGGCGGUACUAUAUAUGCUGUUGUACGGGGCCUUCGGGCGUCGCGGCGACCGGCAACAUGGUCUUCCUGCACGGUGUGCUGUACCUCGACAUCCUCGGGGGCAGGGACCUGCCAGACGUCGAUAUUUCCUGGUUCAGGUCCACAAAGGACGUCUCCGACCCAUACGUGACCGUGGACACUUGCGCAGGGGGCAAACGCAGCUGCCGGAUUGCCAAAACCUCCAUCAUUUAUAACUCCCUGAACCCGCACUGGAGUGAGAAAUACCGCAUCGAGAUGUGCCAUGAGGCCGAGAGCUUCCUCUUCUCAGUCAAGGACUUGGAUCUCCUGAAGGUGGAGUGCAUGGGGUACCUGAACAUCAGGGCUGAGGACCUAUUAAGUGAGGAGCCCAUAUCUGGGUGGUAUCCUCUGAUGAGCAAGAGCGGUAACCCCGCUGGUGCACUCAAUAUUUCCAUGCAGUUCAAGUCGGUGACGUCCAUCACACGGUCCAAUGAAGUGCUCGAUACCAUCUUCCCCAUGCGGGGGAACUGUCAUCUCAAGUUAUACCAAGAUGCCCACACCCCCGCCGUACCUCCCAUAACUGAUGUCCCAGGAACCGACGGAGAACCAUACGAUCCCCCACAACUGUGGAAGGAUAUCGCCCGACACUUCGAAGGCGCGCAAAAACUUAUUUACAUCACAGGUUGGAGCGUAAAGACGGACAUCAGCUUGGAGCGUGACGGGGACCACGAGUCUCUGGGAGAACUGCUUAAGAGAAAGGCAGAAGAAGGAGUGCGUGUGCUCCUCCUCGUCUGGAACGAACUCACGUCCACGGACAUGUACACUCCUGGCGUCAUGGGCACCCACGAUGAGGAUACCAGGAUAUACUUCGACGGCACUGAAGUCGAGGUCGUCUUGGCGCCACGCACCAAAAACAAAGGUAAAGUCAUGGAGACGAAUUUCGUGUCAACGUGUUACACCCACCACCAGAAGUCCGUCAUCCUCGACGUACCGAUAGAGGGUGACGAUGAGUGUAAACGUCGCUUAGUGGCGUACGUCGGAGGUCUGGAUCUAACAGACGGCAGGUGGGACACGCCCGAUCACCCCCUCUUUAGGACGCUUCCUGUCGAACACUCGAAUGAUUUCUACAACGGAUGUUGUCCUUCCAAAGUUACCGUGGGACCACGGCAGCCCUGGCACGACAUUCAUGCUUACGUUGACGGCCCAGCAGCCCUUGACGUUCACGACAAUUUCGUGGAACGCUGGCGCUGCCAAGCCCAGGACAAGGAGAACAGACUAUACCCUUUGUCAGCACGCGACUUCGAUCUCGAUUACUCGUCAUGCAGCGGCAACUGGAACUGUCAGCUGUUCAGAUCCAUCAACUCUGACUCUGCCCACUUCCGAACCGACGUCUUGGACAAGCUAUUGAUGAGGAAGGGCCGCCUGUACGAGAAUACCAUCCAGAGGGCGUACGUGCAUCACAUACGGCGAGCCAAUCGAUUCAUUUUUAUCGAAAAUCAAUAUUUCCUGGGCUCUUCGCAUGGCUGGCUCGUUCAAGAAGCCAAGUGUACACAUCUUGUCCCCCUGGAGAUCGUAACGCGGAUCACCCGUGCGAUCGACGAUGGCGAAGACUUCCGGGUAUACAUCCUGGUACCCAUCCACCCAGAAGGAGAUCCAGCCUCAGGGGCGGUGCAGGAGAUCUUGUACUGGCAGUACCGCACCAUGGACAUGAUGUACCGCAAGAUCGCCAAGACCCUCAAGCGGGUGGGGUCGGAUGCCCACCCCACCGACUACCUCAGCUUCUUCUGCCUCGGUAAGCGCGAGUCUCCUGACGACGUCCCAGACGGGCUGGACCCGCCGGAGAGCGACUCUGUUGCCGAGAAAGCCCGGUCGCACAUGCGCUUCAUGAUUUACGUGCACUCCAAGAUGAUGAUAGUUGAUGAUGAGUACAUCAUCAUCGGCUCGGCCAACAUCAACGAGCGCAGCAUGAACGGCAACCGCGACACGGAGAUGGCCAUCGGCGCCUACGAAACUGACCACACGAAGGAAACUAUGGGCGACGGGCUGGUGCAAGGGGCCGUUCACACAUUCCGACGGGCGCUGUGGGCCGAACACUGCGGUGAACACAAAGAAGAACACAUCGACCCCAGUAAACUUGAGUGCAUGCAGUCGAUGCGCAGCAUCGGGCAGGAGAAUUUGCAGCAAUUCUUGGGCGAUGAACCCGAGCGCCGAGACUCGCAUCUCUUGCUGUACCCCAUCGACGUGUCGGAGUCUGGCCACGUCAAGACGAGGGACGACUGCCAGACCUUCCCUGACACCGCCGCCCCCAUCCUGGGGGGCAAGUCGUCCUUUUUACCAAAUUCCCUGACAACUUAGCGUUGAUAUUUUAAUUUUGAGACUAUAAUUCUUCUUGUUGA